UAACAGACGAACAAAUCGCGGCGGCCAUGUCGGUGGGCCGGGUCGCAUUGGCCGCGGCGGGCCACUGUGCCCUGCUUUGGGCGCUCAGCGACCCGCUGAUCGUCCCGGCCCCCACCACGCAGCAGCGGCCGCCGGACACCGUCGAUGGCGGCGUGCCCUUCCUCAAAAUUUUGCCCACCAGGGACGAGCAGCUUCAGAAGCUGCGCACCACGCUGCAGUUCGACGUUAUGGUGCUGGGCGGAGGAGCCAUCGCCUGUGGCGUGGCACUUGACGCAGCCACCAGAGGACUCCACGUGGCGAUGUGCGACGUUGAGGACUUCGGUUCUGGGGCCAGCACACGUGGCUGCAAGCUUCUGCCUGCAACAGCGCGUGGUUACAGCGAGCCAAUGGUGCCGUUCCACUUGAAAUUGUUCAAGGGCAACCGUCAGGCGAUCGAAGAACGGCAGGCUAUAUUCAACUCUGCGCCACAUCUAUGCCACCCGGUGACCGUGGUGAUGCCGCUCUACGACUGGCGCAAGGCCCUCUCGGUCUGGUUUUAUUUCAAAACCCACUGGUACACCUUCAGCAAGCCGAACCUCAACGAUAACCGCUGGCUCAGCAGCGCCAAGACGCAGGAGUUGCUGCCCCUUCUGCGCAAGGACAAGCUGGUAGGGUCCGUGCUGUUCCGCGAAGCCACCAUCGACGACAUUCGCAUGAAUGUGGCGCUGGCGCUGACAGCCGCACGCCACGGUGCUGUUGUUGUCAACCACGUGGGAUGCAAGCGCUUUCUCAAGGAUAAAUUCGGUCGCCUACGCGGUGUUGUUCUGAUAGACAAGCUGACCGGAGAGAAGUGGCCUGUGCGGGCAAAGUGCGUCAUCAAUGUAACGGGGCACAGCGCAGACUACCUUCGGCAGGUGGACACGCCCUCGGCCAAGGCGAUCGGAAACCCGGUGUUGAGCACAUACAUGGUUCUACCCUGGCAUUUCGGUCACAAGACGUGCGCCAUCCUGACGGCCACCGACAAAGGCACGCUGAUCGCCAUGCCCUACCAGGAGCAGUGCCUCAUCUCGGGCUCACACAAAAAGCUCGACUUCACACAGGCCGGAAGACCGACGCACGAGGCAGUCAGUAAGAUGUUGCGAGACUGGAACGAGCAGCUCGACAUGAACGCGGUGACAGCGAAGCUCAGUGAGGUGCUGUCCACGUGGACUACCGUGACCUCGGUGCAGGAGAGCGUGACGGGUCGUGAGAAGCCGGUGAUCGAAGUGAGCCAGAGCGGCAUGGUCUCUUGCACUGGCGGCGCUUGGACUUGGAACCGGCUUCUGGCAGAGCGGGUCGUGGACACGGCGCUGACGCAUUGCGAGGAGCUGCAGCCCUGUCGGCCUUGCUCCACCAGGGCCAUCAAGCUGGAAGGGGCCGCCAAUUGGUCUCCUACUCUGUACGUCCAGCUGCUGCAGAAGUACCGCCUCGAGGCAGACGUGUCCAAGCACCUGGUCGACUACUACGGCGACCAGGCGGCGCUACUGGCGCGCAUGGCCGCGAAUUCACGCAAGGGCUCACGCUCGCUCAACCCGGGGCAGAGGCUACUGCCGCGACUGUCCUUCAUCGAGGCUGAGGUGCGACACGCGGUGCGCCACGAGUACGCGUGCACGGCGGUGGACGUGCUGGCGCGGCGGCUGGGCGUGGCGUACGCGGACGCCAACGCGGCGGAGGGCAUGCUGCCCCGCGUAGUGGACAUCAUGGCGGCCGAGCUAGGCUGGACGGCGGCGCAGCGCCAGGACCAGAUGCAGCAGGCGACGCGCUUCCUGGAGGAGAACAUGGGCCUGGCCGUGUGCCGACCCCACAGGCACGCGCCCGUGCUCAGGCUGGACUCGAACGAGUUCGGGCGACUCGUGCGUCUCUUCCAGUACCUCGACCGGCGACAGACGGGCUCGGUGUCGCUGCGGCGCCUACGGCCGCACAUCCUGAGCGAGCAGUUCCGGCCCGAGCCGUGGCUUCGCGUGAUGAUGCGACGUCUGGUGGACAUCGUCAUCGCGGCCGACUCCGAGGCGUACCUGCACAACGACCUCUACGUGCCGCCGCUGUACCGGGCCUCGGUCCAAAGCGGAUCCACCAGGGGCACCGAGGCCUUCACCGAGAAGGUGGAGGCCCUUUCCAAGGCCCUGCAGCUGAACGCCGACACGCUGGCCGAGACCCUGGACGAGAUGGAGAGCGCGACAAGCGGCAGCUUGGAGCUGGGCGACUUCCUGCUCUUCAUGAACAACCUGAAGGUGUGCCUGCGCGCGCAGCAUGCGAGGGCCGCCAAGAGAGACCCGAGCAUGAACGAAUUGGUCGAGCUGCGCGGAAGCGACCCACUCGCCCCGCUGCCGAGAGCGCCCACCGUCUACACCAUGUAAGAGGGCGCCGCCCAGCCCGCACCCUCCUCCGCCUGGACGGGCGCCGCACGGCGCAGCGCCCGAGUCGCCCGGUGAAGCGGCUGCGCAGGGGCCCCCGCGGCGCCACUUCAGUCGCCGCGUUGCUCCUGUGGAGUGAGCGUAGCGUGCCGGGAUGACGAUUCGACUCGGCGUCACGCGGUGUCCGCACCGCGUGCGUUUGUAAAUCGGUCAAUUCGGCUCAUUUUACUAUAAACGUGUUUAUAAAUUGGUAA